AUGUUCAGACUCAAUACAAUUCUCGCAGUGCUGGCACUGCUUACCACCUUUGUUCAGGCCCAUACCGUCUUCACGACCCUCUACGUGGAUGGAACCACCGAAGGUGAUGGGACCUGUAUCCGAAUGAACCGCAACGCGGACAAAGUCAGCUUUCCCAUUGAGCCUUUGUCGAGCAAGGAUAUCGCCUGUGGCUACGAUGGAGAAAAAGCCGUUGCACGCGUCUGCCCCGCCAAGGCUUCAUCGACCCUUACCUUCCAGUUCAAGCAGUAUGCGGAUGGUUCUAAGCCCAGCCCCCUGGACCGCAGCCACAAGGGUCCAUGCGCCGUUUACAUGAAGAAAGUUGCCGAUGCCACUGCCGACAACAAUGCGGCCGGUGACGGUUGGUUCAAGAUCUGGCAAGCGGAUUAUGACGCCGCGGCUGGCAAGUGGUGCACCGAACAGAUGAUCGACAACAAAGGCUUCCUGUCUGCACAGAUCCCAUCCGAUAUCGAGGGCGGCUACUACCUGGUCCGACCUGAGCUGCUGGCUCUGCACGCUGCGCAGGAUAACCCCCGCGACCCUCAAUUCUACGUUGGCUGUGCCCAGGUCUUUGUCGAAUCCGCCGGAACCGCGAAGCCCGCGACCACGACCAUUGGCGAGGGAACAUACGACCUGAGCAUCCCGGGAAUGACCUUCAAUAUCUACCAGAAGCCAAUGGCACUGCCAUAUCCCAUGUUUGGACCACCAGUCUACAAGGCUGGAACACCCCAGCCGGCCCCGACGAACCAGAAGACACCGACCGAGCAGAAGGCGCCCACCGAGCAGAAGACACCCACCGAGCAGCAGGCGCCUACCGAGCAGAAGGCACCCACCGAGCAGAAGGCACCAGUACAGCAGAAGCCAGUCAAUGCCUGCCUUGCCCCACGAUCGAUGUUAAUUCAGGAUAAGGGUCUGAAGCCUAAGGGCUGCAUCCUGGUUCGCGACAACUGGUGCGGAUUCGAGGUGCCCGCGUAUACGACUCAAGACGGCUGCUGGGCUUCCCAGAAGAAUUGCUGGGAUCAGGCCGAUGUCUGCUGGGGUACCGCUCUCCCAACGGGUUCCAGCCACUGCCAGAUCUGGAGCGACAAGUGCACUGCUCUUAACAACUCGUGCAAGAGCGGACAGUGGGUUGGUCCUCCUGAUGCGGGCAAGGAUCUCACUCCCGUCCCAGCGACCCUGGCCUCGCUGAAGGUGUCUAGACGGGCCAUUGGGAUGCGUAGACGGGGACGGAGACACACUCACGCAUAG